CGUCGUCACACUUGAUGAUACUAUCGACCGUCAACUCCCAUUACUCCGUAUCCUCGCGAACCUCCACGACGCAUGAUACGGCACGAUUAAAUGUCCCCAGCCAGCACGGUGCCAUUGCUAUGCCACCAUUCAACUCACUCCGCGAUCCCGGCCUCACGCGGCGGCUGGCCGAGGCCAUCGAGAACGCCUCGCGACUUGAUGACGAUGAAAGCGCACACCUGAUCCCCCCCUCUUCCGACGUGUCCCAGCCGUCGACCGGCCGAUUGCUGCACCAGCGUCCCCCCUCGCCCUCCGCGCCUGCGUGGCCGACGGACGAAUCGAUCGAGCCGGAACACAAGCGGUACCCGCUGGUCCCGCCGGAACGCGUGCUCGACAUUGUGGACUUCCACGGCCUGGCCUACGUCGACGACCGCGUCGACGACAACCUGCUCUGCCCGAUCUGCAAAAUGCCCUUCGUCACGCCCGUGACGACGCCGUGCGACCACACGUUCUGCUUCGAGUGCCUCCGCCAGGCGUGCGAGACGCGGCACGUGUGCCCGAUCGACCGGAAGAAGUUCCGACCCAAGAACGUCCGCAUCACGUCCCGGCUGCUCCGGAACCAACUGGACAGCCUUGUCGUGGCGUGUCCCAAUGCCGAGCGGGGGUGCGGGGAGACGAUGAGGCGGGAGGACGUGGCCAUGCAUACGCAUAAAUGCGAUUACACGCUCGCUCCCUGUCCGGACGCCGGGUGCGCGAAGAAAGUCGCCACGUGGCUGUUGAGGGAGCAUGAGAAGGAGUGCCUCCACACCGAGACGGCCUGUCCGUACUGUGACGCGCCGGUGGAGAAGGCCGUUAUGGAAGACCACAUCCGUCGGGGCUGUCUCAAGAACACGACCAGGUGCGACUCGUGCGGGAAGGACACGCGGAAAUCAGACCUCGACAAGCACGUCGCACGGGAGUGCCCCGAGGCGGACGCCGCGUGUGACUACGCCGAGUUCGGCUGCCGGCACCGGUCCAAGCGCAAGCUGCUGGCACAGCACCACGAGACGUGCGUGUACAGGAUCUGCCUGGUCCUGGGCGAGACGGUCAAGCGGCAGGAGAAGCAGCUGGAGUGGCUGCGGCGCGAGAACGAAGAGCGGGACCGGCUGCUGGGUUCGCUGCGGCGGCAGCAGGAACGGCAACAGCGGGGAGGGGUGUCGGCCUGGGAGGCGCUGCGGUUCCUGGGGCCGGACGGGACAAAGGCGUGCACGGCGGAGGAGGCGGUGAUGGGGAUCUACGAGGAGGUGGAGCGGCGGAUCGAGGGCGUGCAGAAGGACCUGACGGAGCUGGAUGGGCGGCAGAUGGUCAUGGUGCUCAACGAGAUGAUGCCGAUUAAGAACGAGAUGACGGAGAUUCGCACCAACUUGGGGAUCCUGAAGAUGCAUGUUGCUUGGCUUAUGAAUAGGAGCCGGGAGGAGCUGGAGAGGAGUCGGUUGGCUCAUCGGAGUGUGGCUGCCGGUGGGAGCGCAAGUGGAAGCGGGACUGCGGGUGCGAGUUCGAGCGCGGGGGGUAAUGGCGGCAGUGGUGGUGGUGGUGGUGGUAGCUCGGGAGGAGGUGCUACCGGGACUGGCAUAUCGGCAGCAUCAUCAACAAGCCGUGGUAGGGGAGGGUCCGACAGUGAAGGGGAGAUGCCCAUGAUGAGGUCAAGGCGGCCAAGCGACGGGUCCAACGGUAUCCCGCGACUCUAAAAGAGAGGACGGGAGACUCAGCAGCGAUGGGGGUCCGGUGCCCAAGGGCGGUUUGGGCGGUUACCCACUCCAUUUCGGGUUUGUUCUUCAUGAUUCAUGUGAUUACUUUUUCGGCGUUGGGAUCGGCAUGGGGAUACAGCUAGAAUACCCUUUACAUCUGUCUAUCUACUCUACUACCAGGUAGAUCUCUAGAGUGUCGGUAGCUCUAAGGGGCUAUUUCUUGACGAAUGUUUUGUGUCUUUAUUCAGUCUAAAUGUGUUAGAUUAAAGUGCGGGAAGAGUCUUUGAGCGGAGA